AACGUCAAAAAGACAUCGCCCAACAUCCACAUCAAAAUUCUCGUCCGAAUUACAGUCUCAUAAUGGCACUAUCACACAAGGGAACUUUCAUUUUCACACACACAGCAUUAAAAUCACUCAUAAUUGAAACGGGCAAAAGACUUUUCGCAAAUGGGGGCAAAAUGGUAACAUACAGAGACGCUCUCAAUACUGCCAUUGACGAAGAAAUGGCAAGGGAUGACAGAGUCUUUUUACUGGGAGAAGAGGUAGCAAACUACCAAGGCGUCUACAAAGUCUCCAAGGGCCUCCUAGAAAAGUACACGGCGAAGCGGGUGAUCGACACCCCAAUCACAGAGAUGGGCUUCGUGGGCGCCGCCGUGGGCGCGGCGAUGGCAGGCCUACGACCCAUCUGCGAAUUCAUGACGUACAACUUUUCCAUGCAGGCCAUUGAUCAGGUCGUAAAUUCGGCGGGAAAAACUCUAUACAUGUCGGGCGGUUUCAUGAACGUCCCCAUCACCUUCAGAGGCGCCAACGGAUGUGGCGUCGGAGUUGCUGGUCAGCACUCCCAAUGUUUUGCGUCUUGGUACGCCCACGUGCCCGGCCUCAAAGUCGUCGCACCCUAUUCAUCCGAAGACUGUAGGGGGCUGCUCAAGUCGGCCGUGCGGGAUCCCGAUCCGGUGGUCGUUUUGGAGAACGAACAGCAGUACAACUUGUCGUUCAACCUGUCGGACGCCGCCCUGGGCAAGGACUUCCUCAUACCGAUAGGCAAGGCGAAGGUGGAGGUGCCCGGCAAAGACAUAACGAUCUGCAGCUUCGGCAGGGCGAUGGACGCGACGAUGAACAGUGUGGCGGAGCUGAAGAAGUUGGGCAUCGAGCCGGAAAUCAUCAACCUGAGAACGUUAAGACCGCUGGACAUCGAGACAAUCACCAAGUCGGUGGCCAAAACGCAUCAUCUGAUCUCGGUGGAGCAGACCUGGUGCACCUGUGGCAUCGGCGCGGAGAUUUUGGCUUCCAUAAUGGAAAGUGAGGCUUUCUUUUAUCUGGAUCAGCCGGCACAAAGAUUAUCAGGGGUGGAUGUUCCAAUGCCGUACGCAAUUGCUCUGGAGGCAGCGUCGGUGCCAACGGUUGCCGAUAUCGUCGAAAUGGUUCAGAUCUUAUUGAAGAAAAAGUCGUUGAAGUCCUUAGGUUAAUGUGUCAUCAGAAUAAAAAUGUGCCCUUUUAAAAA